UCAAAGAACUUUUCAUUAGGUAAUUGAAACGCUGCCCGUGCCCGAACCCAGCGCAGUUCGCGCGUGCGGUUUGCAAGUUAACAACUUCGCCAGAAGUAGACACAACUUUACCUAGCCUAGACAAUCCUUUUUUACUCAUUCUCUUUUUGGGCAAUCCCAAAGAAUAUAACGACUUACUUUAUGGCUUUGGUCUGACGUAAAUUAUUUUGGAAUUUCUGUCAGAUAGGUACCUAAUGUUACAAAAAAUAGUUUUUGUCAUAGGAAAACACAAGAUAAAGAAAGCAUUGUUCGAAAGCUAGAAUUAUGAGAUUGCUAAUAUUUUCAAUAUUCAUCUGCUUAGCAUACGCUAAGAUACGAGAAAUUAGUGUAAUCAAAUCGGAAAAUAAUAUUGAAACGGAUUUCAUUGAUAGAAAGGGCUAUCGACCGAAUUGGAGGGAUUUGGAUAAACGGCCGCUACCCGAGUGGUAUGAUAGAGCUAAGAUAGGCAUAUUCCUCCAUUGGGGGGUUUAUGCCGUACCUAGUUUCGGGUCAGAAUGGUUUUGGAUGAACUGGAAAAGUAAUGUGACAAAAUACGUAGACUUCAUGAAUAAAAAUUAUCCACCAAAUUUUACGUAUCAGCAAUUUGCUCCGAUGUUCACGGCAGAAUUUUUCGACCCUGCAGAAUGGGCACAACUAUUUGCGGAAGCUGGAGCGAAAUACAUUGUCCUAACUAGUAAACAUCAUGAGGGUUUCACUUUGUUCCCAUCAAAGCGUUCAUUCAGUUGGAAUUCAGUUGAUGUCGGGCCAAAACGGGACUUGGUGGGCGAGCUAUCUGCUGCUGUAAGAGAAAGGGGUCUAAAGUUUGGAGUAUAUCAUUCCCUGUAUGAAUGGUACAACCCAAUCUACCUACAGGAUAAAAAUGCAUCAUUUGAGACACACACAUAUGUCGACACAAAGUUGUGGUCUGAUUUAAAACAACUUAUUUACGAUUAUAAACCAUCAGUGAUUUGGUCUGAUGGUGACUGGGAAGCUCCUGAUGAUUACUGGAGGUCUACAGACCUGUUGGCUUGGCUGUAUAAUUCUAGUCCAGUUAGAGAAGAAGUGGUUGUGAAUGAUAGAUGGGGUAAAGACAUCCCCGGACACCAUGGGGACUUCUAUAAUCAUGCUGAUAGAUUCAAUCCUGGUAAACUACUCGACCAUAAGUGGGAAAAUGCAUUUACAGUUGAUAAACUAUCAUGGGGAUAUAGAAGAACUAUGAAAAUCGGUGAAAUAAUGUCAGAUUCACAGAUGUUGUUCCAAGUCGUAUCAACAGUCAGUUGUGGAGGCAAUGCUCUCAUCAAUGUGGGUCCCACCAAGGAAGGGACAAUAAUACCAGUGUUUCAAGAACGACUUUUACUCCUUGGCGAGUGGCUGGCAAUCAACGGAGAUGCCAUAUAUGACAGCUCACCAUGGUUCUCCCAGAAUGACACGGUGAAUGGCAAAGUGUGGUACACUUGUACUAAAGAAAAUUAUAAUGCCACCCACCCCACUUAUCCACCUAGUGCCAAUGAUAAAAUUCUUGCAAUCUAUGCUAUCACACUGGAAUGGCCUAAGGACAAUUGGCUAACACUUGGCGAUAUUACAAGUUAUUUGCACAGGGGAACUUAUCAAGUGGAGUUGUUGGGCAACAAAGGAGUGUACUUGACUUGGAAGAUAAGUAAUGGGAAGGCCGCUAUACAACUGCCCGAUAAGGCGACUGUUCGCUCGAAAGUAGCCUGGACUUUGAAGUUUACAUUGAAAUAGAGUCUGUAUACAUAAUAAUAUAUGAUGUAUACAAACUAAACUACAUUUAACAUUGACUUUUUGGUAGUCAAAAGUUAAAUAAACCAAUUUAUGAAAACCAAAAUGCAUAAGUUGCGCGCACGCAUGUACAGUCAGUAAAGUUAUUUGGUAUGCAGGUGAGAAAAUAGAAACUGAUUUUUUGCAGUAACAGUAGCCAUUGUCAUACUUAAUUGUAUGCUUUAUGCUAAAGCCAUAUCUAUUACUAUUUUCUCUUGGUCUUGUUUGACUGUCUUUAUAUUCUUACCUGCACACCAAGCAACUUUGCUGACUGUACUUGGAGUCGAUGCCACAAGUCCUAAACAUAAUUAUUUGAAAUAAAUAAUUAUUUACUUUCUAAGACAUUUCAUAUAAUUUUGUUCAGGACAUGUGACACUAAUAUUUUAGAAUUGAGUGGGUUUUAUGUGAGCAAUGUUACCAGGAAAAUAAAUAAGUACAAUGUGAAUUUGUCUGUUCUAUUUUUAAAAUAAGGAAGCUAAUAAUAUGUGUUCUGUACAAUGCAACUAGAGGAUGGUUGAAUUCUUAUAAAUAAUAAAAUUAAGUUAUGUUAAAAGAA